CCCUUUACCCGGUUGUCGAUGCAACGCUUCAUAAAAUCUGAGACGAGCUUUUCAACUUGUGACGGCUGAGCUCUGGUUCAAGUGAAGCUGACUAUGGCAAAAAAGCUCAUGCAUGCCCUUCAAUACAAUGCUUAUGGUGGAGGUCCUUCAGGCUUAAAGCAUGUUGAAGUUCCGGUUCCCACUCCAAAUAAAGAUGAAGUGUUGAUGAAAUUGGAGGCAGCGAGUCUAAAUCCAUUUGAUUGGAAAGUUCAGAAAGGCAUGAUUUGGCCUUUGCUGCCUCGCAAGUUUCCACAUAUACCUGGCACUGAUCUGGCGGGAGAGGUUGUAGAGGUUGGACCAGAAGUCAAAAAUUUCAAAGCCGGUGACAAAGUUGUAGCCAUGGUUAACCCUCUUAGUGGAGGUGGCCUAGCUGAGCUAACCGUGACAAAGGAGAGCUUGACUGUUGCAAGGCCACCCGAAGUUUCAGCAGCCACUGCUGUAGGAUUACCUGUUGCUGGUCUCACAGCUCACCAGGCACUCUGUCAGUCUGCUGGAGUCAAGCUUGAUGGAAGUGGCCAACAAGCAAACAUUCUGAUCACAGCCGCCUCAGGCGGUGUAGGUCACUAUGCGGUUCAAUUGGCAAAGCUUGGGAACACUCACGUGACAGCCACUUGUGGUGCACGCAACAUUGAAUUCGUCAAGAGCCUAGGGGCUGAUGAGGUUCUCGACUACAAGACUCCAGAAGGAGCUGCUCUGAAGAGUCCAUCUGGACGGAAAUAUGAUGCCGUGAUCCAUUGUGCUACAGGCAUUCCUUGGUCAACUUUUGAACCUAAUUUAAGUGCAAGUGGUAAGGUAAUAGAUAUUACUCCUGGCCUCAGUGCAGUGAUGAGUUUUGCUGUAGGAAAGCUUACCUUUUCCAAGAAGCAACUAGUGCCACUGCUCCUAGCUCCCAAGGCCGAGAACCUGGUUUACCUUCUGAAGUUGGUUAGAGAAGGGAAGCUCAAGACAGUAAUCGACUCCAAGUAUCCCCUGACCAAGGCUGAAGAUGCUUGGGCUAAGAGUAUUGAUGGUCAUGCUACAGGAAAGAUAAUUGUGGAGGCUUAGUAGGUGUAUCUUGUACUUGAAAUUGCCCAAUUUUAUCGUUUUAUGAAGUUAAAUGGGAUGGUUGUGUAUAUGAGCUAUAUGGAUGUGCCGCAUGGUCCUACUGUGAGUUGCUGUAAAUGAUGAUGCUUUGAGAUUCCUCUCCA